ACAAAUAAGCUGGAAUAUUUUCGUGUAGCUCACAGAUAAAAUAGCUGGCUCGCCACGAACACGCAAAAGUGCCGCCGAAUUGAGUGAUAAGUGCAUAUUUUCAGUGAGAGCCAUGCAAAAUCCGUGGGCGAGCAGUGACUGGGAGUGAGUUGGCACGGCCAAGUGAAAACGGACCGAGAUAGGCGAAGAAUUAUGUAGCUGAUAGGCCUCCCCAAGAAAAUUCUCCACUUUUCGUGAGCCCCACUUUUGAGGCAAGGUGACAAAAGUUGACACAUAAAGUCAAUCACACUUGGAUGAGGUGUUAGGCGAUUACUUGGACAAGGAAUCUAUUGCUCAGCUGGAAUAGAGAGAAUAACUUGACACACAAUGGGAAAUUCGAGCACGAAACUUGCUGAGAAGUGCUCAUUGUUGACCAAGGACGAGGUUCCACUUGUUGCCAGCUCCUUUAAGUUAGUGAGCAAGAACUCGGACCGCAUCAAAGAGGAUGAUUUGAUGAAAUUCUGGGGCUCCCAAAUGGAUCCCCGCUUGGCUCAGUACAUCACAAACUUCCUCUUCGGCGCCCUCGGAUCGCGCUCUUCGGUCGUGGAGUUCCAGAAGUUUGCCGAAUUGUACGUGUACUGCGUGAGAGGCUCUGUGGAUGAACGAAUAUCUGUUUUAUUAACAUGUUUGGGCCACUCGGGCUCAGAGUCGGCCGACAUUGCUUAUCCGCUAAUCAAGGAAUACGUGGAAGCUGUUGUUAGUAGCUACAUGAGAGCGUUGAGACUCGAGUCUGGCCCUCGAUUCAAAUCCUGGGAAUCCAAGGGGUUCCGCAUCAUCAAGGAGUGCAUCCAGAAGUUGGCUGAUAGUCUCGUCUAUGAUGUGGUUCAGCCCGGAACGCAGAAGGUCACACGAGUUGACGCUGAGAGAUGGCUUCAAUCAAAUCCAACCUUUCUCAAAAUGCUAGAACAUGUUUUCUCUCAUCUGUACAACUAUCGGAGCACGAAGAGUCCUCAAGAGGAGCCUGUUGCUGUACGCAAAUCUCUAGUCAGUGAAUCAAUACUGCUACCCUUCUGCGAAGGACUGGAGUACGUGCCAGAUUUUCCGGCCACCACGGAUAUCACACAAAUCCUAUACAUCAAUUCCAAUCUGCCGACGCAGCAUCAAGACAAGUGGCGAUUCCUCUUCUCCUCGCAGAUUCAUGGCGAGAGCUUCUCCACGUUGCUGGGCCGCAUAAUGGAUCAGGGUCCGUCUGUGAUUAUCGUUGAAGACACAAAUGGCUAUGUUUUUGGCGGAUUCGCGCCGGCUUCGUGGUGUUUGAGCGCCAAUUUUGCUGGAAAUACCUCUACAUUCCUGUUCACGCUGCGCCCCAAGAUGAGAUGCUUCGAGAGUACCACGUACAAUGAUCACUAUCAAUAUCUCAAUUUGCACCAGCAAACAAUGCCCAAUGGAUUGGGAAUGGGCGGCCAGCACAACUACUGGGGUCUCUGGCUAGACAGUGAAUACGGCUUUGGUGAGUGCUCAGAGUCAUGCACCACAUUCAAGGGAUACUCCCAGAUGAGCGCUAACAAGAAAUUCAAGAUCCGCAAUGUGGAAGUCUGGGCGGUUGGUGAAAAACCCUCCACGGAAUCCGAUGAUGAGGCUUCGGAAAAGAGUCCUGGACGGUCGGUUCUGCAGGGCAACACGGAAACGAAGGCAAUUUUGGAAAUGGCAGGAAAGAGGCAAUAUUCUGAAGGUAUUCGUGAUGAGUUCUUUGAGUAGUUGUCUUUCAGACACAACUAUAAACUCUACACAAAUCACUAAAGACACAAUUUCCUGUUCAGUAAUCAAUUUUGAAGUUUUGCAAUGCGAGAGCAUAAUUCUAGUAAUUUAUUGAGUAAUUGGUAAGCGUAUAGGUAGUAUUUUGAUCUUCUAAUUUUUCAAUGGAAUUACAUAUUUAUAAGCUCAGCCACUUUAGGUGAUAUAAUUGCAGAAUCAACUUAAAGUUUAUAAAUUAUGUGGUAAGGAGUAUCGUGCAUAAUAUAGUUAAUAAUUUACAACUGAAGGCGAAGGUGAAGCCAUACCAAAGAGUAAAAUGUAUCAUGUAGAUUGUAGAUUGAGAAAUUGUUCCAUUAACUCUUCUUUACUUUGGUUUAUUUACACUUUUUGAUGAUGUCGCAAUGUUUCAAUCUUGUACCAGAAUCGCACAUAAACAGACUGAAUAAUUUAUACACUUAGGCAAAAAAGGAGAAAAAAAACGUGUGUGUAAUCCCUUGAUUGUGUCCCUGUAAACGUGCUUGAAAAUAUUCAUCGAUGUAGAGGAAAAUUUGAUAAGAAAUAAUUCUAUAUAUACCAAAACUGAUAGAAAUCAUUGUUACUGUUAGUCUCAAUUCAAGAAAAUUUUGUAUAUUUUCAACACCUUUCGCAAAAUAUUAGAUAUUAUAUUGAUUAGAAGACAAUUAUAAAUUAGUAAAUUAUCGAGAGAAUUUGAGACUUUCUCAAAAGAUCUCAUCUUGAGUAAUAUUUGAGCGAGAGAUUUAGUAAAAAAAAAAAACACUCCUACUGACUGUGAAUCCAACAUAUUGGCACAUUUUCGUAAUAUUUGCAGAGAAUACAGAUGGAACUGCAGACUUGAAUGAAGCUUAGAAAAGUCUCGAGGCUUCACAGAAAAAUCUGGAAGGGAAUUGAGUAAAAUUCAUAAAUCCUUGGCAAUUGGACAAUGAUACGAAAUUUGUGAUGGAAAAAAAUAAAUUUAAUAUGCGUGAGAUCGCGAUCGUAAAAAUAAGUUUUGAGCUUUCUCGCUGUCAGUGAGGCAUUCAUAUAUGUGAAAUUAUGUAAUAUCCCAGGCAAUUAUGUGUGGAAUCAGAUGAAUUUUCUAAUAUUUCAUUGGAUUUUCAUAUGCUUUUUUUCCUUGGGAUUGCUACAUUGCUAGACGCAAGCGAUGACGAUCGCGGCAUUAGGCAGAUUCGCAGUCAGAAAAUUGGACUUUCUCACACUGAUGAGAUUUCUCUGGGAGUGUGCAUAGUUUUAUGAUUACAUUAUUAUGUCUUGUGAUCUGCGAAAGGUCUAUGAAUUUUGUACAUUUUAAGUUAUCUAUUUAAGUGUUGUUGUUUUAUAUUACUGAAAGAUCAAAUAAAAGUAUAUCGAAAAGGCA